GAUUGGAAUACCUGAAUCACAUGAUUGGGAGGGGAUUGGAACACCUGAAUCACAUGAUAUGGAGGGGAUUGGAACACCUGAAUCACAUGAUUUGGAGGGGAUUGGAACACCUGAAUCACACGAUUGGGAGGGGAUUGGAACACCUGAAUCACACGAUUGGGAGGGGAUUGGAACACCUGAAUCACACGAUUGGGAGGGGAUUGGAACACCUGAAUCACACGAUUGGAGGGGAUUGGAACACCUGAAUCACACGAUUGGGAGGGGAUUGGAACACCUG